GCAUCAAGAAAGAAGAGCAAACUCUCCCCCUAGCUAUAUAUAGGGCGACAGACGCGCCCAGAAGCGCGCACGACACAAGAACGGCCUGGUAUUGUCAAUUCAGUCCUCCCAGCAACGGAUAUAGGUCGCCAUUCGGGUCACAAACAUGAAGCAAAAAGUAACAAUAAAAGUGGUGAUGGAGUGCGAGAGUUGCAGGAACAAGGCGCUGAAAAUAGCAUCGAUGAUAAAAGGUGUGAGCUCGGUGGCAAUAGAAGGGGACAGCAAAGACCGAGUGGUGGUGACGGGAGAAGAUGUGGACACGGUUUGCUUGGGGAAGAUGCUGAAGAAGAAGUUCCGGGGCGUGACGGUGCUGACGGUGGAAGAGGUGAAGGCAAAGAAGGAGGAUGAAAAGGACAAAAAGGCCAAAUGCUGUACAGUUUGUAUCGUGCCGUGCAAGGCGUGCCCCAAGUGCGAGAGCUACAGGUGCGAGGGAGGGUGCGAGCCGUGCUCCAAGUGCGAGAGCCACAGGUGCGACGGUGGGUGCAAGGCCUGCUCAAAGUGCGAGAGCCACAAGUGUGACGGUGGGUGCAAGGCCUGCUCCAGAUGCCGGAGCUACAGGUGCCACGGUUUCUGUGCUUAUAAUGUCUGCUACGGUCAGUGUCCUCCAUGGAUCUCCUGUCCCUCUUGCUGUGUGAAGCCUCCAUAUCCUUGCUACCGUGUCGUUUAUGAUUCCCAACCUGAUUCUUGCUCCAUCCAGUGAGAUACCCUUUGUCCCCUUCCACUUCCACUAAUUAUAUUGCAUCUCUGUUUCUUUCUCCUGAUGUACUAUACCCUACUCUUGCCAUGUUCCUCGUUUGUAUUUCGAUCCCUUCAAUAAAGCUUCUCUCUCUUCUGUUCUUGAGGGGCCCCAAUC